CUCUAGGAAUUCGCACCAAUAUCACCAUCAUUUCCCAUUGCUUCAUAGAGAGAGAGAGAGAGAGAGAGAGUGAGAGAACAAUGACGAUAGUCUUGGACAAAGUGGUAGAGGAGGUAGCAACAAAGGCAGUGAACGAGCUGGUCCAAAUUGUAGCUAAAAAUAUCAAGCUGAUUGUUGGUAUAGAUUCGGAGAUAGUUGAUCUCACCUCCGAAAUCGAAACGUUUAACGCCAGGCUCUUGGAUGCUUCCAAGAUCCCUAGGGCCAAAGAACUCCAAGUUAUGAAAGUAAUAGUGAAGAAGUUCCGGACUGUGGUGAAUGAAGCUCAGGAUGCGGUUGCGAAGUACAUAUCUGAGAAGAAAAACCAUGAAGAAAAGACCUUCACAAAAUGUUUGGAUAAAGUUUCACAUUUUGGAAAGGUCAAUGUCUGUGCUAGUGAGAUCCAGUCCCUUAGGACAAAGAUGAAUGCGAUCCGACAAGACCACGAGAAAGAUCUCCUAUCCCUCACCAACUAUCCAAACGAUGAUCCAAAAACUGAUCCCUCACAUUCCUCCCAGGCUCGGCCAAUAGUGGAGAAAGAUGAGGUAUUUGGCUUUAAAGAAGAUAUGAAAACGAUAAAAGAUCGUCUCAUUAGAGCAUCCAAUAAUUUUAUGGUCAUCCCAGUUGUUGGGAUGGCCGGGACUGGAAAAACUACAUUUGCCACAAAGAUUUUUGAAGACUCGGACAUUCUCAAUAAGUUUGCCCUUUGCAUUUGGCUUCAUGUUUCACAAGGCUUUAAUAGAAAACAAAAAUUCAUUGACAUCAUACAUCGAAUUAAAAAGUCUACGGAAGACUAUAGCUCGGCAUCCGAUGAUCAUUUGGCAGAAGAAAUAUUGAAUCUUUUAAAGAAACAAAAGUACUUUAUUGUAUUAGAUGAUGUAUGGGAAGAAAAGGAUUGGAAUUCUUUAAAAGUUGCAUUUCCUGAAAACCUGAAUGGAAGUAGAGUCUUGGUGACCACCCGACGUGGUAGUGUGAUUGAUUCUAAAUGGGAACCUCAUAGUUUAAAUAAGCUAGAUGCUGGUGAAAGUUGGUCACUACUGAAAAAGAAUGUUUUUGGUGAAAAGGAAUGCAGUGAGUCAUUUGAAAUACAUGGGAGAAAGAUAGCAGAAAACUGCAAGGGAUUACCACUUGCUCUAAGAGUGAUAGCUGGUAUCCUGUGUAAGAAUAGAACUAUUACUGAUUGGGAACGAGUAGCUGCAAAUCCCUUUCUAGAAAUUAAUCGGGAAGGCCAAAGCUACCAUGAGCUAGUAUUGUUGAGUUAUGAACAACUGCCUCAUGAGAAGUUAAAAAAUUGCUUCUUGUAUUUUGCAUCAUUUCCCAUGGGAUAUGAGAUUGCUGUUUGGAAGCUGAUUCGUUUGUGGAUUGCGGAAGAAUUCAUUCCAACAAUAGAUGAGUGGGGAUACCAUUUAGACAUGGAAAUUGAAGCUCAUAAAUAUUUGAAUGAUCUUGUUGAUAGGAAUCUUGUAAUGGUGAUGAGUAGGAGAGUGAAUGGUCAAAUCAAAACAUGCCGCAUUCAUGACUCACUGCACGAGUUCUGCAAAAGCGAGGCUACAAGGAAAAAUCUAUUUCGCGUAAUGGAUGAAGGACAAAGAUUAGAUACAAAUGCUACUUCAUCUCGCCGUCUUUGUUUCUACUCCUCUAUUACCAAAAUAUUAGAUGUAGAAAAUAAUCCAUCUUAUUCAUUCUUCAUCAGUUGCUACAACAAAAAGAGGGGGACAUGUCCAUCUGCUGAGCAUGUCCAUACUUUGUUGUUGUCUCCAUUACAGAAGGGUGAGAUUCAGUUGACACAGCAGUUGUUGACAGCUAUCCCGAUCACCUUUCCACUUCUUAGGGUGUUAGAUAUUGAAUCCCUCAAAUUUGAGUCAAUACCAGAUGAGAUAUAUGACUUAUAUCUUCUCAGGUAUCUUGCUAUUACAGCCGACCUUGAUCUCCUUCCCAGGCAAUUUAGAAAGCUCCGUGAGUUGGAGACUAUUGUAUUCAGAACCAAACAACAUGCACUAAAAAUUGCUGGAGGCAUAUGGAACAUGGAAAAGCUAAGGCAUGUGCAUACCAACACAUCAGCUCAAUUACCUCAUCUUCUUGAAAAAAGAAAAAAUGGUUUCGGAAGUACAAACAUUCGUACGCUUUCUACCAUAUCACCAGCAUGUUGUAGGGAAGAGAUCAUCAGCAAGACUCCCAAGCUCCAAAAAUUGGGCAUUCGUGGGAAUUUAGAAGAGCUUCUUGAAAGAAAGGAAGGAACUUGUUUGUUCAACAAUCUUCAAACGCUAGAUUGCCUUGAAAACUUGAAGCUCUAUGGCGUGUGUGACAAAGAGCUAAAGGUUCCAAUGCGGGAUAAGUUUCCAGGGAGGCUUAGAACAUUGACCUUAUCCAACACAUUCUUUCACUGGGAUGACAUGAGUAUAUUGGGAUCGCUGGAGAAGCUUGAGGUGCUCAAGUUGGAUGAAAGUGCUUUCAAGGGGGAGAUUUGGGAUUUAAAGAGCAAUGUUGUUUUCCAACAGCUUCGUUAUUUGCGCAUUGUAAAGACGAAGCUGGAAACUUGGAUAGCUUCAGAGCAUAGCUUUCCAGUUUUAGAGACUCUAGUCAUCAGAAACUGUCUCUUCCUAGAAAGAAUCCCAAACGCUUUUGCUGAGGUAAAGAACUUUAAAGUGAUGGAGUUGUAUCAUGUGAGUGAAAAGGCAACUAAAUCUGCAGAAGAGAUACAUCAGAAAAGGCAAAAAAUGAUACAAAAGGUUGAUCAGCAAAGUCAUGGCAAGGAAAAUGUCAAAACCAGUGGAUUUGAGCUCUUCAUAACCGCUCUUCCAUCACAAGCAACAGUGCAUAAGCAAACGGGUGACAAGGAAAAUAUUGGAUUCGACUUCCCUAGCUCCUCUCUCUCAUCACAGGAAAUAGCUUCAACGGUGGAUGAAUUUGUUGUGGGGCUUGAUGGUGAGGUGCAAACUAUAAUGGGUCGCAUUAUUGAAGGGUCAAAGAAUUUGAAAGUCAUUUCAAUUGUGGGAAUGAUGGGGCUUGGUAAAACCACAUUAAGCAAAAUAUUGUUGAAUGAUUAUCAGCUCCAAUAUGAGUUCUUUACUCGCUUUUUGAUUGAUGUUUCGAGCAAAAAUGAUACAAAAGAAAUAUUUUGUGAGAUUUUGAAGAUCUUAACAAAUGAAGAAAAUGAGUAUGACAAGAAGCUGGGUGAGGUUCAAUUAGUGGAUAAAAUAAAAGAACUUUUGGAGGGCAAAAAGUAUUUCAUUGUAAUAGAUGGUGUACGGACAAUGCAAGAAUGGGAUAGUUUGAAGGAUGCUUUUCCCAACAAUAUGAGAGGUAGUAAAGUCUUGAUAACCACUCGAAACCAUGAAGUGGCUUUUUGUGCGGAUUCUGCUUGUAACCCUCAUCAACUAAAAUUUUUGACAAGUGAUGAAAUUUGGGAGUUACUAGCGAAGAAAGUUUUUGGGAAGGAAAUAUGUACUGAUGAGUCAUUGGAAACUCUUGGUAGGCGCAUAGCUACAAAAUGCAAUGGAAUACCACUUGUAGCGGAGGCGAUAGCAAAUGAACUAUGUAAAAAUAGGACGACGCCCGACAGGUGGAAACAUCUUGCAGAUGAUCCCUUUGCAGUUAUUGAUCACAUGAACCAAGAGUGCAACCCCCUCAUACAAUUGGUGUAUGAUAAAAUGAAUUUCCAGUUGAAAAAUUGUUUCCUGUACCUUGCAGCUUUUCCUAUUGGAUAUGAGAUUGUUGCUAGAAAACUUAUUCAUUUGUGGAUAGCCGAAGGAUUCAUUCAGCUAAUGGAUGGUGAAACCAGCCUAAACUUGGAGGGUACAGCUGAGGAAUAUUUAAAGGACCUCAUUGCUUGGAAACUGUUAACUGUGUCAGAAAGAAGUGCAGAUGGUCAAACAAAAAAAUGCCGCAUUCGUAAAGUGUUGCAUGAGUUUUGUAAAACUGAAGCUGGCAAAAAGAAUAUUUUUCACACAAUGGAUACAAAUGCAGUCGAGGCAAACAAGUAUAUUCCCCGUCGCCUAAGUGUUCAUUCCUCUGCUUUGGACUUCCAGGAACUGGGACGUAAGGUAUCUAUUCAGCAUGUUUGCUCUUUCAUAUCUUCUUGCUCCGGAGAAGGGGAGGUCUUGAAUGAGCCUGGCUUGGUAGCCAUUGCAAAAUCAUUUCCUCUUCUUAGGGUAAUGGAUGUUGAAUCCCUCAAGUUCAAAUCAUUGCCUAAAGAACUGAGUUUCCUUUAUUAUCUGAAGUACCUUGCAGUAUCAACUGAUGAACUGAAAUUCCCACCUAAGCUUUUCAAUAAUCUUUGGGACAUGCAGACUCUUGUGUUAAACUCUUCACAAAGUAGUCUUGAAAUGGGGGUGGAAAUAUGGAGCAUGUCUAAACUAAGGCAUGUGUACAGCAACACUCCCAUGCAACUGUCUCCUCCUCCUAGUACAUUUAGGAAGAAAGGCUCCGGAUGUAUGGACUUACGGACACUUUCUACCAUAUCACCUUCAAGCUGUACUGAGGAAAUUUUUGAGAUGACUCCAAAUCUUCAAAAGUUGGGAAUUCGGGGGAACUUAGUUGAGCUUAUGGCGAGUGAUGGAGGAAUUAGAUUGUUUUACAAUCUUCAUAAGCUCUCUCUCCUCGAAAAUUUGAAGUUGCUAAACAGUGCCAAUGACAGCAUUCCCCAGCACAAAUUUCCAAACAGGCUGAGAAAGUUGUCUUUGUCAAACACAUCAUUUGGGUGGAAAGACAUGUGUAUAUUGGGGGCUUUGGAUGAGUUGGAAGUUCUCAAGCUGAAGGAUAAUGCAUUCAGGGGGAAGUCUUGGGAACUCGACAACAACAUUGUUUUCAAACAACUCCAAUUCUUGCGCAUUGACAAGGCUGAUUUAGAAUCUUGGAACACUUCCAAGAGUUGCUUUCCGGUUCUGAAAACGCUCAUCAUCAAACAUUGCUUAUCUCUCAAAGCAGUCCCGUUCGAAUUUGCUGAUGUAGAUAGCCUUAAGCUCUUAGAUUUAUAUUGCACAACUGAAAUGGCUGCAAAUUCAGCCAGGAUGAUAAAAGAGAGAAAGCGAAUACAUGACAAUGGAUUUAAGCUCUCCAUCUAUCCUGAGCAUUAUUGAUAUCAAACUUGCGUGGUGUGCGGUUUUCAACUAUCAAGUGUUGUUAUUAAUUGUUAUGAUACGCUUAGAUAUGCAGUUCAAUUUGCAACUAUUGAGUGGCAAGCAUUCAUGUUGAACUGUGUUGGCUAUUUCAUAUUGUACGUAGUGAGACUGUUUCUAUUUCCAAUUACUUCCAGAGUUAUAGACAAUUGUCAUUACUUAGGCUGUGACUUUCAUAAUUUCAUUUGGCAAGUUGGCUUGUUAGCUGAACUGUCUAGGGGUGCUUUCUUGAAAUGUGAAAAAAAAAAAAAUCAUGCAUGGGACGCAAUUUGUAAAAAAGGUAUUGUUACUGUUUUUCUAAUAUUUUUAUUA